CCCACUGGAUCCAUCAGUGAUCUGUUUGUUUCAUUGAGAGCCGCUAGUUUGUUGCCUUUGUGGUGAAUCAUUUUUUGUGCCGUUCUGCUCUGCUGUAUGAGCCAAAGAAGAAUCUUUCGCCUAGUAGAAACAACCCCAUCCGGUCCUUUGUGGUAACAACGAACCAGCUAGGCUCGAUUCAACGUAGCAAUGUCCGAUCCCAGGUUGCGCCAGCUUACGAUCAAAACAGGUGUGGUGAAACGGCUGUCCAAGGAGAAGACCGUCUACGAGAAAGAGGUGGUUACCCAGCGGAAUCGCAUCGACAAGCUGAAAACCGAGGGCGCCGAUGAUCACGUCCUUCGCAAGCAGGAGGAAGUGCUGCAGGAGUCGAUGAUGAUGGUUCCGGACUGUCAGCGAAGAUUGGCUAAGGCGUUUGAAGAACUGACUGAAAUGAUCAAAAACGAAGAGGAGCUAAAAGAAAGCGAUCAAUACAAAGCUGCAGUUGCCGUUCUAGAAGACGCCAAAGUGAAUUUACCCCAUUAAUGCGCCCACUUACCGGGACAUCAUUUCCCCUUCCACAGAUCAUUAUUAGCUUUUCGCACUUAAAUUUUACUGCUGCACAUAACCAUUAGAUAACGCUGAGUUCCUUAAUUUAAGCUAGCUUUAACAUACACACAUUGCGAAAAUGGCCACUAUCCCGUUUUUCGAUCCCACAAGACCACCUCCGCCUAUAACAAUUCCUCCACCUAUCUUCGAUCAGUCCAGUGAUGAAAACAUAGUACAAGAGUUCCUCAGGUCAAGACCUCCAGCGUCAAGUGGGCGCACAAUCAAACAAUCCGCACAUGCACCUUCAAUUACUAACCUACGAUCAGAGCUAGCUCAGCUAAUAGAAGAAAUCGAGCGUAUGAAAGCGGAUAAGGAAGUACUUGAAAAGGAAAUCAUAUCACAACCGGAUUUCAAGUGCGAUGUCCAAUUGGAGCAAUUACAAUUGCUACAACGCAGCAUUGAAAGUAAACUGGAGCGCCUAAAUGAUCCCGAUCGACUCAAGCUACUUGGCAAGAAGCUGCAUGGGCGCAGAAAGAAACGUGCUUGGCUGAAACGCAGAAACAACAGAUCAAAGCAAGAAAGAGAAGAAGCGAUUAAAAGUCGCACAAAACUACAUGCACAGAUAGAUGAAUGGCAACAAGAGCAGCGAAAACUGGUGGAGAAGGAAAAGCAAGCUCAACAGGAGCUGGAUUAUGCUAGUCACUUUCUAGCGGAUGUGCAUCGUCGGAAAGCGGCAUGCAAGAGAUAUUUGACAAAAUUUGAGAAGAUGUUGGAUAGCGCAACAUUGGACCGAGACAUGCAAGUCGAAAUCGACGAACUUCGUCGAAUAUGGGCUGCCAAGCUGUCGGAUUGCGUGAAGGAAGAAAAACGAUUGAGGGAUGUAUUGGCGCGCAAAUCUGCGGCCAACUUCCAACGCCGUGUAGAGAACGAGUGGAACAAAACCCUGUUUGGGGAUGCGAUUCCGAAAAAGUUUGAACACCCACUGCUCGGGGCAGACCGGAAUCGGGAGGUGCUGAUUGAAAUCCGUCGCGAUUGGGACGCCUGUCUGGUCAACCGGGACGACGAUGACGACAGGGGUAGUGCGAUUCCUCUAGGUUGGGUGCUACCGAACGCCACUCCUUCGUCGGAGUGGGCUAAGUAUCAAAUCAUGGAAACAAUUUAAAUAACUGUAGUUCAGGGUAGUUCUGCCGUUGGAGAACUAGUUUAAAACAUGAAUGUGUUAUGAUUUAGCAUUUAAUAAAUCUUAGAUGGGAAGUUCAGAACUUUUUU